GAUGAUUUUGUAUAGUCAAUACGUAUUGAGAAGGCUUGGCUAAUAUCCUCUCAUCUUCCGUUGACGAACUCAUACUCAUUUUUCAUCACCAGAGAAGGUCUGAGGGCCAAAGAGCGUUUCCAAGGCGACCAUUCGCUCCUCUCUAAGGCUUCUCAUUGUCGACUCGGCGGCAGACAAUGUCAUCAAGGAAAACUACCAGAGAAGAGGAACCCAGUUACCAGAUCAGACCGAACUUUGAGCAAAAGUUCCGGCCAGGUGCAGUUCGUGAACUCAUUCACGGUAUUCUCAAUGAGGUCUUGGCCGGGAAAUCCUAUGAGGGCGAACUAGUGGCUUCAUGGUGUGAGGAGAUCUCUGACGGCAUCAAAGAGAGGAUCAAGAAUCUCGGCUACGACCGAUACAAGAUUGUGGUUGAAGUGGUUUUGGGAGAACAGAGAGGCGAAGGUGUCCGCAUGGGCACCAGAUGUCUUUGGGACUCGGACACCGAUAACUACGCUUCAGAUGUGUUUAUGAACGACUCCUUGUUCUGUUGUGCAGCCGCAUUUGGUAUCUUCUAUUACUAG